AUGUCCGUUUGGAACCCCGAUAAUAUUCGCGAUGUUGCCGAGUCGGUCGGUGUUGUGAACCUCAGCAAUGAUGUCACUGAGAACCUUGCCCGCGACGUCGAGUACCGCAUCGCGCAGGUCCUGGAAGAAGCCCUCAAAUUCAUGCGCCACAGUCGACGCACGCUACUCACAACACAAGAUGUCGCGCAGGCGCUGCGCGUGCUGGAUGUGGAGCCACUGUACGGAUACGAGUCUACAAGGCCUUUGCGGUUCGGAGAGGCGUCACUGGGCCCUGGUCAGCCGUUGUUCUACGUGGAGGAUGAGGAAGUGGACUUUGAGAAGUUGAUAAAUGCGCCGUUGCCCAGGGUUCCUCGCGAGAUCUCUUUCACAGCCCAUUGGUUGGCGGUUGAAGGUGUACAACCGUCCAUCCCCCAGAAUCCCACGGCGGCCGACUCGAGAAACAUGGAACUGAUGUCCAAGGGACCCAACGCAAGCUCUACAUUGGCGGCCAUGAGUGGAGGAGGAAAUGUCUCCGUCAAGCCCCUGGUGAAGCAUGUGCUUUCCAAGGAGCUCCAGCUAUACUUCGAGAAGGUCUGCAACGCCUUCCUGGACGAGUCCAGUGAGGAAUACAGGACGUCGGGUUAUGCCAGUCUCCGAGAAGACCCCGGACUACACCAGCUGGUGCCAUAUUUCGUGCAAUUCAUUUCGGAGAAGGUGACGCAUGGGCUGAAGGAUGUCUUUGUCCUGACGCAGGUGAUGCACAUGGCCGAGGCUUUGGUACAGAACAAGUCUCUCUACGUGGACCCAUAUAUCGCCUCACUUGUUCCACCUAUUCUGACGUGCCUGAUCGGUCGACAACUCGGUGGCAGUGCUGAACUGACGGAGCAAUUUGCCCUGCGCGACCUUGCCGCAUCGCUUCUGGGCCUCAUCGCCAAGAAAUAUUCCAAUUCGUCGCACACCCUCAAGCCACGACUGGCCCGGUCGUGCCUGAAGACGUUCCUGGACCCGUCCAAACCCUUUGGGGCGCACUAUGGCGCGGUGAUCGGACUACAUGCGGUUGGCGGUGCAGAGGCGGUGCGGGUGCUGAUCAUGCCUAAUCUGCCGACGUACGGUAACCUGCUCAAGGAUGGCAUGGCGGAGGAGAGUCCACGCCGGCCGGAGGCAGAGCGGGUGCUUAGCGUGCUGCUGGGGGUGCUGAACACGCUACGGGAGGGCCGGAUGGCACUGGCCAACGGUCAUGGCGGGAUGGUGACGGAUGGUCUUCGAGAUCGGCUGAGUCAGAAAGUGGGCGAGUUCCUGGCCGCGAAGAUUAGUGACGCGGGGGAAGUUGACCUCGCUCAUGCCAUUGUGGAGUCAUCCUCCUGA